GAUACAAGGAGAAAGAAAACACCGAAACACGUGUUUAUUAUUUUUCCAUUUCUUAGUUUAUUUUUAUUUUAAAAAACUCCGUUUUUACUUAGUUUAUUCAUUGUGUAGGUCAUAUUUAUUAAGAGAAAAAUGUUUUACGUGAUAGGAUUAGGCCUCGGGAAUGAAAAAGAUGUGACAGUCAAAGGUUUAGAAAUAAUUAAAAAAUGCCACCGGGUUUAUUUGGAAGCGUACACGUCAAUUUUAACUGUUGGAAAAGAAACAUUGGAAAAGUUUUACGAACGGCCAAUAUUAUUAGCAGAUCGUGAACUAGUUGAGAAUGAAUCCGAGGAAAUCUUAUCAAAUUCUGAGAAUGAAGACGUUGCAUUUCUUGUUGUUGGAGAUCCCUUUGGAGCAACGACUCACACUGACUUAGUUUUAAGAGCACGCGAAAAAGGAAUAAAAACAGAAAUUAUUCACAAUGCAUCAAUUUUAAAUGCCAUUGGCUGUUGUGGUCUUCAACUUUAUUCAUACGGUGAAGUUGUUUCCAUUCCUUAUUGGACGGAAACUUGGCAGCCCGACAGUUUUUACGAGAAGAUAGGGGAAAAUCGAAAGCGAGGUCUUCACACACUAUGUCUGCUUGAUAUUAAGGUCAAGGAACCAACUUUAGAUAGUAUCUUGAAAAAGAAGAAAGAAUAUAUGCCCCCGAAAUUUAUGAGUGUUGCUGAGGCCGCCAAUCAAUUGACUCAAAUUAUUGAGAGAAAAAGAAGUGCCGUCAAUAAUUUAGCUUUCGAUGAAGAAAGUUUAGCGAUUGGCUUGGCACGAAUUGGAUCAGGGGAUCAAAAAAUUUUGGCCUGUAGUCUUACGGAAAUGAGAGAUAUUGAACUAGGACCUCCACUUCAUUGUCUUGUGAUCCCUGCCGAAAAACUUCAUCCACUUGAGACUGAAUUUCUCGAACAAUUCAGAAUAAAGGGAAAUGUAAAAUAAUUCAAGGUCGCUAUUUAAGAAUUUGAACUAUUCCAGAUGCUGUAAUUAGAAAUGACCUAGAGAGUGAGAAAAUCAAGUGUGCGAGAGGAACAUUUUACGAUAUAGAUAUUUUUUCAGUUGCAAGAUACAAAAAUAUUUUAAUACAUCCGCUCAAGAAAGAACCAAAAUAACAUAUUUUAUGCGUAAUCUACAAGAAUGGAAAAAUCUGAACUGACAUUUUGUAAAUUUUUAAAUUGAAAUGAAAUUUAUUAAAAAUUACAAGUGAAAAUUAAAAUGAAUUGAUAUUUAAAAAUAUAAUAAUUUGGUUAUCAUAACUCCACAAAAAAAAUUUAUUAGAGAAUUUCAUUUUCUGGAAGCAUCUUUCUUCUGUUAAAAGGUCAGUUAUUAAUUUUUUAUUAUAAAUUUUCAUUAAAGAUAAAAAUCAAUAAAUAAAAAUUAAUUUUUUUUUAAAUUUUUCUUAUUCAUUUGUCUUGAAUGUUUUUUUUAAAUAUUAAGUAAAACUAAAAAGUUCUUUUUUUAACAAAGUAGAUACUGUUAUGAUUGUAAGAAAGAUAAAAAAAAAUAUUGAACGACGAAAAGCACUCGAAGAUUUAUUUGCGGGUCAUCAAUCUCUCAGUCUUGUGGCUGUUUUAUUGUGAUUGUCUACAAGUUGCGAAAUCUAAUUUAGGAUAGACUUCAACUUAAAAGGUUAAGCACGUUUGUUGCAUAGCAUUUGAACGCUGAAGAUCCUCUUCUAUUAUCUAUAAAUAGUUAAAUUAAUCUGUUUAUUUAGCACUUAAAUGAUUCAUUGAUCUGGAAUUCGAGUUCUCGAAGUGAAAAAAAGAAUUUAGAUCGUCUCGAUAUCGUAUCUUAAGAGUCUCAAUACAAAAAAAGCCGUUGCCAAUUAAAUUUUGUUUUAUUCAAUGCGAACAUACUACCAGAUGAAUAAUAGGUUUUGUUUUUAUAGAUUUCAAUUUUAUUAAAUAACGUGCAAUUUGUAAGAAAACUCGAACGAGAUUUUAUUAAAUUAUUACUUAUUCUAUA